CCCAUAUUUUGAUUGCAUCUCGUUCGCAGGUCGCAAUUAUUGUUGCUUCGGAUUGACUUCACAAAUUUAGAGUGCCCUUUCUACCUGACGGCAACUUUCCUCGUCUCACUGUCCCACAUUGCUUGAAGCUGUGGCUACACACGCGUAAAUCUGGACGUCACAAGUCCCGUCGUGUCAUCCAUACGCAACUCGAUCAAAUACUGAAAACUUGAAUUUGAAUUUGAAUUUGAACACGUGACAUCAAGUGACUUGGUACACAUAUGUCUUAUCCGACAUCAGUAACUGCUGUUCCGAUAACAACAUCGCCAACCACAUCAGCAUCCCCGACUACUACUUUCGCCUCUUCGACAUCUUCCGUGAGCAGCAGCAAUGCCCCAACAUCAACUACCCCUGUAACGACUGGAACAACUCCAAUUGCAACCUCCAUGACCUCUGUGGCAACUGCAUUACCCACUACGAUUACAUCGAAAAAUUCAUACGGAUCAACAGCUGUCAUCACCACAGAGAUGUCCGCAACUACCUCUGUCCCUGUCCCCACUCCAUCCCCCGUAAACAACUCAUCAAACACCGGCGCAAUCGUAGGUGGCGUUGUCGGUGGUGUCGUCGUCAUAAUCGCCCUCCUUGGGCUCUUCUUCUGCUUACGCCGGCGCAGAAGGCGAAAUGAAUUUGACGGGAACUUGGACCCCGAUCAUCUCGUUUCCCAUCCCUCAGGGGGCAGAGCCCAGCCCCAGAUCGACCUCGGCGAAGAAAACGAGAUCACCCCCUUACCUUACCCUGACCAUAACAGAAGCAUGCGUCAAUAUGGAGAAAGUCCGUUCCAACCUGCGGGUGCCGCCGCCAGCGCAGGUAUUCACAGCACAACCUCCCCACUCAGCUCUCCCUCGCAAUACAGCGACACUGCCACCUCCCCCGGCGAGGGGUACCCCUCUCAGGGCUUCGUACGCCCAGGCCCGAGCAUGUACCCAAUGCAGCAAGCAGGCUGGCACACCCCGCGCCCACUUACAUCACCCGCUCCAAGAGUCAGCAAUGCAUCUGCAUCUUCUUCCGGUCACGGGAUGAAAGAGCGAGGAGCCGCUGCUACAGCUGGCCGUCAGGGGCUCGCUCUACCUACACAGCAAGAGGUUGACGGUGAGGGGUCUGGCGCUGUUCAGCACCAGGAUGCGGAACAGGCGCCUAGUGAGGAAGGAGAACCGAUAGAUGUUCCGCCUGCAUAUGAGUCUAUAAGGCAGUAG